AUGCUAUCAACUAUUGAAGUGCCAGCUUCCUAUUCAUCACUGCCCUUCAAGGAUAUUAUCGUUUCUCAAGUGCCAGAAGACUCGCCUGUCGCUACCAAGACUCUUAUUUUAGCCUUCAACCGUCCUGAUAAGCAUAAUGCUGUCACUGAGAAUCUUCUCACAGAGCUUGAGACAGGCUGUUGA